GCAAAACUAAACAUGCGAUCCAUCCGCUUCUUCUACCUAGAGACUCCAACCUCACAUCGACACAUCGUCUGUUUGAAGUGGUCUCUCUCCUGUGCCCGGCCCCCGUCGCUGUCGCAGCCAUGGUGGAGAGGCGGGCGCGGAGGAAGCCGCUGGUGCUCGCCUCCACGCAGGCGCUCCUCGACUCGCUCCCGGGGGACCGCCGCGGGGCGCCACCGGAGCCGGUGCGCCUCAGGGCCGGCGUCCUCCGCUUCCCCGCCCGCGCCUCCGGAGGCGGCGGCGAGUUCGGGGACCUCGCCUCCUUCGUCGCGCUCCCCGCAUCCGCGCUCCGCCGGCUUGCGGUCGUCACCGGCACGACGGUGCUUGUCAAGAAUACCGACAAUAAUGUUGGCAGGAUUGUCAAAGCAGUAUUACUUGAUCACCCAUCCCUCGAUGAGUCCCAGAUAGAACAGACUGAGCAUGUGGCCUCCACCUCUCACCCUGAUCGUGCCAUGGCCUUCUUACCUUGUUGCUCAUUUCCAGCAACUGGUUUUGCGUCCUUGGAUGAAGAUGUUGCUUAUGUUAGCCCACUUUUGGCAUUCAACUUGGGAGUGCAUGUUUCUUGCCUCAAGCUUCUUAUUCAGAAAGGAAGGGAACCUUUCAAGUUUUGCUCUCGAGUUGAAGAUCAUGAUGCUGCUGCCAGUAAUGGAAGUGAUCUUUCUCUUUACUUAGAGCUUCUUCCAUGCCCUCAAGUGCCUAAACAUGCUUUGCAUUUACGGGUUUCUGUUGUGAGGAUUCCUGAAUGUGGUGUGCUUGCUUCUUUAAAGAUAAAUUUGGGCAUGGGAGGAAGUGAUUACCAAGAUAUGAUAGAUUCAGCAUUGAACGAGCACUUUAAGUUUGAUAGAAUCCUAGCAAGAGGAGAUGUCUUUUGCAUACGAAACAAUUGGAGUUGUGGCGUGAGCUCCUGCCUGGCAUGCAAUAAGCAGGAUAAUAAACUGCAUCCUCAUAAUAUGAUCUACUUUAAGGUGACCGGCAUGGAACCAUCAGAUGAACCGACUCUUCGUGUUAGUUGCAAUGAAACAGCCCUUGUGCUUGGGGGAGCUGCUUCUGCUGCAAUCCCCCCUUACUCCUUCUUUGCUGCUUCUGGUGAUUCAGUUCCUUUGCAUGGUGAAAUAGUGGAGCAUUUAGCGUCUAUCAUUGCACCAGCAUUAUGCCCUUCAGAUAUUUUACCAAAAAUAAAGUUUUCCACUUUUUUGUACGGUCCUUCAGGAUGUGGGAAGCGCACAGUGGUCAGGCAUGUUGCUAACCAUCUUGGUCUACAUGUUGUUGAGUGUAGCUGUGAAGAUCUAAUGACAUCGUCAGAAAGUGGGGCACCUGCUGCACUUGCGGCUGCCUUUAAAGAAGCUCAGAAGUAUUCUCCUUGCAUAAUACUUCUUCGCCACUUCGAUGCAAUUGGGAAUGCAUCCUCCAACGAAGGCCCACAAUCUGAGCAAUCUGGGAUAGCGUCAAACAUUGAAUCUGUUAUUAAGCAGUACACUGGACAACGUUGGGUUACUAAGGACUCUAUGACAGCAAGAGAUGUAAAUGGGAGUUCUUACCUUGUGGAACCUGAAUGUGUAAGCUCACUUCAAGUUAUACUAGUUGCAACUGCAGACAGUCCUGAAGGAAUGCAACAGUCAAUUAGGCGAUGUUUCCGCCAUGAGAUCGACAUGAAGACUAUGCACGAAGAGCAGAGAAACAAACUGAUAUCUGAGACACUCCAAGGCAUUGCAACAGCUGCAGAUGAGAGUAUUGAUGACAAGUUUGUAAAAGAUUUAGCAGCGCAAACGUCAGGUUUCAUGCCCAGGGACAUACUUGCAUUGGUUGCAGAUGCUGGUGUGUCCUUUGCACAUAAAGUUGCAGCAGAGAAAGAUGGCAAAGAAAUCAAUAAGCAUGAGAAGGCCCUUCCAGAACGCUCUUCUGGCACUCAAAAUGAGGAAAAACAUUUUUGCAAAGAAGAUAUCCUGUCUUCCUUAGAACGUGCCAAGAAAAGGAAUCGUGCUGCACUGGGCACACCCAAAGUUCCCAAUGUCAAAUGGGAGGACGUUGGUGGGCUAGAGGAAGUGAAAAAGGUUAUUCUAGAUACUAUUCAGUUACCUCUGUUGUACAAGCACCUUUUUUCUUCUAAAUUGCGCAAGCGAUCAGGUGUCCUGCUAUAUGGGCCUCCAGGAACAGGGAAGACCCUAUUGGCGAAAGCAGUAGCAACUGAGUGUUCAUUGAACUUUCUUAGCGUGAAAGGUCCAGAAUUGAUAAACAUGUAUGUUGGAGAAUCAGAGAAGAAUGUCAGGGACAUUUUUGAAAAGGCUAGGUCUGCACGCCCAUGUGUCAUUUUCUUUGACGAGCUUGAUUCUCUCGCUCCUGCACGAGGAUCAUCUUCAGAUUCUGGUGGUGUCAUGGAUAGAGUUGUUUCCCAGUUACUUGUGGAGAUAGAUGGUUUGAGUGAUAACAGCCAGGACCUUUUCAUUAUUGGGGCUACCAAUAGGCCUGACCUUCUUGAUUCUGCACUUCUUCGCCCUGGCCGGUUUGAUAAGCUUCUUUAUGUUGGUGUAAAUACUGAUGCGUCAUACAGGGAAAGGAUCCUUAAAGCACAGACGCGCAAAUAUAAGCUCCACGAGAAUGUUUCUCUUUUGUCAGUUGCUCAGCGCUGUCCUCCAAACUUUACUGGUGCUGAUAUUUAUGCACUGUGUGCGGAUGCAUGGUUUCAUGCAGCAAAGCGAACGGUUAAAACAUUUGAAACUGAUCCUUCAAGAAGUAAUGAUGCCGGCGCUGAAGAAGUCAUUGUCGAGAUUGAUGAUUUUAUGAUGGUGUUAGGAGAUAUCUCACCAUCAGUAUCUCUGGAGGAGCUACAAAACUACGAACAGUUGAGGCAGAAGAUUGAAGGACCUUCGAGAUGAUGUUAGCUAAUAUUUUAUUUCUCAUAGAUGACAUUGUCCCACCAGAGCAUCCCCAAGAUGGUACCAUGACAAAACUCGUCCCCAAUGUCAUGAUUUUGGGCGUUUUUCUAGUUCUACCAUGUCCCGGGUUUACCGAGUUACAUCCUGAUAGCAGCAUCUAUAAAUCAGCUAAUUUGUAUAGACAUUAGACCAACUUCUCUGAAGAGAGACUGCCUGUCAUUCUAUUAACUUAUUUAUCUAGGUUUCAAUAAGAUGGCUCGCGAAGAUUUUAGCAAAUGAUGAAUCAACUUUGUAUAGUUGUAUUUGUUGCUACACUGUGUUCUUAAGAGAAAAAGACUAAAUGCAACAUUUUUAUUGCAUAAUAAUUUUUU